AUGCCUCAGAUUCUUGGAAAGGAAGUCGGCGCUCUUGGCUAUGGCCUCAUGGGCCUCACCUGGCGUCCUACUCCUCCCCCUCUGGACCAGGCCAUCGAGGCCAUGCGCACUGCUCUCGAAAACGGCUGCAACGUCUGGAACGGCGCCGAGUUCUACGGCACUCCCGAGUACAACUCCAUGACACUGCUCAAGCACUACUUCACCAAGUAUCCCGAGGAUGCCGACAAGGUCUUCCUCGUCAUCAAGGGUGGUCACAAUCUCGACAACCACAUGCCUAACGGCACACCCGAGGGCAUCCGACGAUCUCUUGACAACAUCAUCAGCCAGCUCGGUGGAACUAAGAAGGUUGACGCCUUUGCCUGCUCGAGGAGAGACCCCAAUGUCCCUCUCGAGGAGACCUUUGGCGUCAUCCAGAAGGAGUACAUCGACACGGGUAAGAUCGGUGGCAUCUACCUCUCCGAGUGCAGUGCCCAGACCAUCCACGAGGCCGCCAAGAUCACCAAGAUCGUUGCCGUCGAGGUUGAGCUGAGCAUGUUCUCCAUCGACAUCCUCAGAAACGGGGUUGCCGAAGCUUGUGCCGAGCAUGACAUCCCAGUUCUGGCCUAUGCGCCUAUUGGCCGUGGUAUGCUUUCUGGUCGGUUCAAGGACGCUUCCGAGUUCAAGGAGUUGGGCAUCGUCUCUAUCAUGCCACGCUUCCAGCCCGAGGCCUUCCAGCACAACCUCAAGCUCGUCGAGGAGGUCGAAGCUCUCGCCAAGAAGAAGGGCUGCACCCCAGCCCAGCUGGCAAUUGCCUGGGUGAGGGGUCUCAGCAAGCGUCACCACCUUCCUACCAUCAUCCCCAUCCCAGGAGCCAGCGCAGCGGCCCGAGUCAAGGAGAACACCCAGUACUUCCAGCUCACCGAGGAGGAGAUGCAGGCUAUCCAGCCACUGGUGGACAACUUUGAGGCUGCGGGUUCCCGUUACCCUGCGGGUGUGCCCAUGGAGACCUAA